UUCCUUGCAAAAGAUUCGUGAUUUUUUAUUUUGUCAAUAAUGUAAUAGGCAUAUAAAUAUGUGUUUCAGUCUAUUUUUUGUUUUCGAGAAGAUGACAACCGAAUGUAUAGGUCGAAUGGAGAGCUCUCUUGAAGAGGAAAUGAGAGAGUUAUUGGGCCAAUACAUCUCAGACACCCUCAGCUAUGUCCACACAGUGAAGGAAUUCUGUGACAGGCAUCCAAGGUGGAUCCUGCAGAGAAAGGAGGAACAAUCCAAGAUGAAAAACAUCAAGGAAAUGGCAGACAGAAUCGAUCUUAAAUUCGGCCGAGUCUUGAAUGCAGAAGACAAGACCAAGGCAUUAGGAGAGUUCACGAAAGACUAUCUGACUCAGGUGACUGCAAACCGUAGGCUUAAGAAGCUGGAGAAGGAGCUGGAAGCUGUACUGAAGGACACUCUCAAUGGGCUGGAGGAGCUGGACUGCUUCAUGGAUGCUGUGGAGAGGCUGGUGGUCACCUCUCUGUUUGUAUUUGCUGAUGAAAACCGGUUGUGUCCUCUGCCUCAGGGGAGGGAACCAGCAAGUGUCCGAGCUGUCAUCACCUCCGCUAGAAUGACCUGUCCUCUCCUCAUCCACUUUAAGAGGGACGCUUCAGCCUUCUUUUCCCCAUGCCUCCUCAAUGUGGAGGUGCUGCAUGUGUACUUGGAAAAUUACAUACACAUCUCUGAGCAGCUGUGUGAGAGAAUGGCAUUGGGAAAAAAAAAAACAUUUUGCCGAGAGAAGAAUGACAACUUGAUGAUUGACACCAGCACUGAAGUGAAUGAAAAGUCCAUGCAGACCAUGUUUAACCAUUUGCGUCAUUUGAGUGAUAUCAGGAUGGACCAGCACUUCAGACUGACGUUCCUGUUCCAGGAGUCUGCCCUGCACUUCAUUGGUCUGUUCAGUCAGCGCCACUCCAGAAUGCUGGACUGUCUAAAAGAGCUGGAAAGGAGAGCUGGCAAACUAAAUAAGAUGAAGAAAGGGGGUUAUAUCUCCAGUGUGGUAGGCAGUGCAGUGGGGGCGACCGGAGGGGCUCUGACCAUCGCAGGCCUUUGUCUUGCCCCUGUUACUGCUGGGCUGUCACUGGGACUCACCAUCGCAGGGAUUGGAAUGGGUGUGACCAGUGGGGUCAACAGUCUAACCACCGGUGUAACAAAGGUGGCAUUUAAAAGCUACCAAAACAAGAAAGCCAAUACAAUCUUUCAAUGUUUCUUGGAGGACAUGCAAAGACUCCAUGGUAGUCUGGAGAAGGUGGCCAGCAACAUUUGCCCUUUGGAGCCGAAGGUGGUGGCAUUAGUGGUUGGGAAGAAUAUAGGCAAAGGUGGUGCGAGUUUAGGAAAGAAGAUCAAUGCCAUAGUAAAAAAUACCUCUGCAAUAGAGGCCUUAAUGGGAAAAGGCAUGGUUAUGGGUGCAGGCAAGGUGGGACUCCAAGAGGGCAAAACAUUUGCUGCAGAUUUACCUGACAUUGGGAUGUUGGCACAAGGCACUCCACUCGCCCUCUCUAGGACAUUAAGGCAAUGCGCUGUGGCCUCAAAUGCCCUAUUCAUUGGCCUGGACAUCAUCACUAUCUGUAAAGACAGUGUCAGCCUUGCCAAAGGCAGCAAGAGCAAGAGAUCCCAGCUCAUCCGAGCCAGAGCAGCACUGUGGCGCACAGAGAUUGACUCAUGUCAGAGGAUCCAUGACUCACUGUGCCGAGGCAUCUGGAGGUUCAGUAAGAGUCAGCGAAUCCUGAAGAAACCAUUUUACCUUGUGAAGGAGUUAGAAAGUCUAGAGCCGCUUGUGGAGAUGGGACUCAUGGAGCAGCCUGCGAAGGAGAUGGAAACUCUUGGGCAGCCUGAGGAUGAUAUAGAAACUCUGGUGCCGCCUAUGGAGGAGACGAGACUCCUGGGGCAGCCUAUGGAGGAGAUGAGACUCCUGGGGCAGUCUAUGAAGAAGACGAGACUCCCAUGGCUGCCUAUGGAGGAGACGAGACUCAUGGAGCAGCCUAUGGAGGAGACAAGACUCAUGGGGCAGCCUAUGGAGGAGACGAGACUUCUGGGGCAGCCUAUGGAGGAGAUAGAAAAAGGUUUUUGCAACUGGAUGUGGCAUUCGGGCAUGAUGUUGUUGCUGUUGCUGUUAGCAUAUGUAUGGGCUGAGAACAUUUCUAAGUAGUAAUGGAGAAUAUCAAGAAGUCAACACACCUGCCGUUUGGACUGCAUCGUUUCCUGUGCAUCACUUCCUGUACGACUUAAUUGCAUAACAUGUAGAUUUGAAAUUAUUACUGUGCAUGGUUUUAAAGCUACUUGGACUUGAGAACAGAUUUUUAAAAUUAAAUGUAUUUAAGAUUAUUACAAUUUUAAUUCAAACUACCCCUUUAUCUGGGCGGUGUUCAUGUUGUGGAAUAGUCAGAUCUAAUUGGUACUAGUUGUACCAACUGAACAUAGUUGUUCUACGUCAGAUUCUAGAACUUUUCACUGUACAUUGAUGUAGUGUAACAAUUUAUUUCGUUUCAAAAGAGUUUAAUCCACAUUAUAUUGUUGAGAAAAUCUAAUAGGCCUGCAUAGUUAUUUCAGCAUGGUUAAUCAACGUCUGAAUUGUUUAGGCAUGUACUGCCCUCUAGUGUAUUCUACUCAUGUGACAUGUCUUGCUGUUUGUUAUUGAUUGUUACUCACUUCACUUAAGAUAUGUGCAGAUAAAAGUGCAUUAUUUUCUACUUUAGCCAUGUUUAAAUAUCCAUACAUAGUUCAAUUACAGAACUCCAGAGAUGACAUUUUCAGAAACAGUGAUACCCUACUAUAGCCCUACAACUAUUUUGAUUCACAACUGUCUCAUUUGAAAAUGCUAAAAUAACUGGAAUACACCUACUAUGAUUUGGCAGAUUAACUUGUGCAGAAAUAAAUUAACCACAUAGGCAAAGAAAAUUACACCAAAAAGAUCUAAGUGCUUUUGGCCAACAUUAUGAUCUACACUCAACGGACAGUUUAUUAGGUACACCCAUCAUUGUGCGUCCCAAGAUGCCGAUCUUCAUACCACUGCGCCGUUAUUUGCCUGUUUGUGGCCUGCCUGUUAGCUUGCACGAUUCUUGCCAUUCUCCUUCGACCUCUCUAUUCAACAAGCUGUUUUUGCACACAGGACUGCAGCUGACUGGAUGUUUUUUGUUUGUCGCAUCAUUCUCAGUCAAUCCUAGACACUGUUGUGCGUGAAAAGCCCAGGAGGGCGGCCAAUUCUGAGAUACUGGAUCUGGCGCGCCUGGCACCGACGAUCAUACCACGCUCAAAGUCGCUUAGGUCAGUUAUUUUGUCUAUUCCAAUGUUCAAUCAAACAGUAACUGAAUGCCUCGAUGCCUGUCUGUCUGCUUUAUAUAGCAAGCCACGGCCACGUGACUCACUGUGUGUAGGAGCGAAACAUUUUCAUGAACAGGGUGAUGUACCUAAUAAACGGUCCAGUAUGUACGUAUGUUACAGGUGUAAUUACAGAGCUGGUCUAAAAAUAAAUGCCACUACAUUACAGUACAGUAUUUACACUUCCUCCCAUUUAGAAUUGUAUGACAAGACAACAAAUAAUGAUUCUAUCUGAGAAUGUAAUUUAUGCCGAUUGUUUGCCAAUGAACCAAUCAAAAUGUUAUAACAGUAGUGACAGAAACGGCAAUAACAUUUAGUAAGUUCAGAUUUAAUACAAUAUUAUCCCAUCCUAAAAGCCAAUGUUAUAUUUUUGUUCUACCAUUUUUUCCAGAACAUAACUUAUUCAUAACUUUAAAUGAGUUGUUAAAAAGACCAAUAUCUCAAUAUACA